AUGUCCCUAGCCGAGCUCACGGCCGUCGAGAGAGUCGGCAAGGAUGAGUACGUAUCCAAGUCGUACCCGAUCUGGGUGGGCAACGCCAUGCCCAUCGCCUACGGAGGCUGCGCGAUGGGGGUGGCCCUCCGGUCGGCCUGCGACACGGUGCCGUCCGGCUUCACCCCCUACAGCGUGCUGGGCCACUUCCUGGGCCCGGCGUCGACGGACCAGAAGUUCCGGUGCAGGGUGCACGACCGGCGCACGACCCGGACCUUCGCCACGCGCCGCGUCGAGGUCAGCCAGCUGCGCGGGGACGGGACGUCGCGCAGCUGCCUGGAGCUGACGGCCGACUUCCACGUGGCCGAGGCGUCCAUCUCGGACUACCAGGCGGCCCCGUUCGCCGCUUGGCCGGGGCGCCACGACUGCCCGACGACGCAGGAGCUCCUCGAGUCCGUCCGGGCCCGGGGCGCCGCGUCCGACGACCUCAUCGACGCCGUCCUGGCCGUCGGCGGCGGCGGCAGCGGCGGCCAGACCGUGGUCCGCAGACCCUGCCCCAACGGCGUGGCCGCCCAGAACCUCAUCGGCGUGGCGAAGCAGCUGCCCACCACGCAGGACCACCUCCCCAUCACGUCCAAGGCGUCGGCGGACUGGCAGAGGUGCCCCGUCAGCCUGGACGGGCCCGCCGCCAACUUCGCCGCCGCAAUCUUCCUGAUGGACUCUGCCCUGUCCUUCACGCCGCUGACCCACGACCACAAGUGGUUCGACGACGUCGCCGCCUGCUCCACCCUCGACUUCGCCUUCCGCAUCUUCGUGCCCCGCAUCGACCUGGAGCAGUGGACGCUGCAGGAGAGGCAGACCAUCCGUGGCGGCUGGGGGAGGUCGUAUACCGAGGGCAGGCUAAGGGACGAGAAGGGCCAGCUACUAGCUUCCAUGACGCAGCAGAGUAUUCUGAGGCCUCACAAAGGUCAGGGGGUCAAGCCAAAGAUCUAG